ACAGAUGGAAAGAUUAGAAGAUUGUCAUGCAGAUCUUUGUGAAGACACUGACUGGCAAGACCAUCGCCCUUGAACUUGAGCCAAGUGACACCAUUGAGAACGUCAAGGCCAAAAUACAGGACAAAGAAGGUAUUCCACCAGACCAGCAGAGGCUGAUCUUUGCCGGCAAGCAGCUGGAAGAUGGUCGCACCCUGUCUGACUAUAACAUCCAGAAGGAGUCCACCCUCCACCUGGUGUUCCGCCUCAGGGGUGGCAUGCAGAUCUUUGUAAAGACCCUGACUGGCAAGACCAUCACCCUUGAGUUUGAACCAAGUGACACCAUUGAGAACGUCAAGGCCAAAAUCCAGGACAAAGAAGGUGUCCCCCCAGACCAGCAGAGGCUGAUCUUUGCCGGCAAGCAGCUGGAAGAUGGUCAUACUCUUUCUGACUACAACAUCAGUGCCUUAACGCUCUUGGGCAUGGAGUUCACCAGAGCAUCACAGGUUGCCACUGGAGUCCUCUUCCACUCCUCCAUGAUGACAUCACGGAGCUGGUGGAUGUUAGAGACCUUGCACUCAUCAACCUUCCGUUUGAGAAAGCCCCACAGAUGCUCAAUAGGAUUUUGGUCUGGAGACAUGUUUGGCCAGUCCAUCACCUGUACCUGCAGCUUCCUCAACAAGCUCGUUAUAGCUUCAGGGGUCAGUCGUGGCCUAAUGGGUCAGUCGUGGCCUAAUGGUUAGAGAGUCUGACUUCUAACCUGAAGGUUGUGGGUUCGAGUCUCGGGCCGGCC